AUGCCGCGCACACCGUCUCUCAAAGCUAGUAGUGGCCACGGUCCCAAAGAUGACGCUGCCGCGGCACAGGCGACCCCUGAAAGGCGUGAGCGCAAGCGCCAGACUGAUCGCGUCGCCCAGCAGCAGCACAGAAAGCGACAGAAGCAAUAUGUGGAGCAGCUCGAGGAAAGGCUGAGGGUCCUACAGUCGUGCGAUGAGUCUGAAGUCGUUCGACUAGGCACCGAGAACUUCCGUCUGAGACAAGAACCGGUCCAGCUCGAGUCUCUUCAUUCCCUCUUUGGGGAGUUGGGAAAUCUUGUUCACCGCCAGCAGAAACUAUUAAGCGAAUCAAUCUUGAAGAAAUCCGUGCCCGCCUCAGAUUCUGAGCAGGGCGUACCGUUGGAGGCGCCCGGAGCAUCUUCUGCUGCUAUUUUAGAUCACGGCAAUAAGCAAGAAUUCUCAACCACGGCAUCGAGGCUAGCCACAGAUCCAAUGCCCGAGCCACAUAUAGCGGCUUUUGGCGAAGGAACAGAAGUCAUAGAAUGUUUGUCGAAUGAUAUCGAGAAUCAACCUCCCGGCUUUCAGGAUACCGCAGAGCCCCUGCCGGAGGGCCUCUCAGAAGAACGCGAAAUCUUUCCAACCCAGGAUUUUCUUAUUACCAGGACAGACGAUAGCAUGCCCAGCCAUUCUACCUCUAUCCUGAAAGAUUUUCCAUCAUCCGACCACUUGUAUCCAUGGUUGGAUUUGAUACCUAGUCUUGGUAAAAGCUGGUUCCCCGAACAAUCUGAGACGUUCGGUGGCUCUCGUGGAACAGCACAGGACAACACUGCGCUCGGGAGAGGGCUCAGGACCCCAGAAGGGCUGUCAGGCCUGUUCUCCCAUCCUUUGUCUGAAGUGCCGGGUGACGAGAGAAGGAAUCAAAGACAGGCAGAGAAUAUCCCUGGCCUGCAUCCCUGCAAUGGGUUCCCAGCUUCUACAUCACACAGACAUGAGGUAGAACCCUUACGAACACGAGAUUCUCGAAGAGCCUGGGCUGGCGAGUCUACUAGUGAUCACGAGCAUAUGCAGAGACAAGCCCAGUCACAUGAUGCAUUUGCAGAGGUCUUACAAAACUAUAUUAAUCACCUCGGGCCCUCUGCGACGCCUCUGAACCUCGACGCCUCCCCAUGGACAGGGCCAAAGUCCGUCCCUGUGCUUCUCCAUCCGCCGUUGCUCGGAGACGAGGCUCUACACUCUAUAAUUGAUCGCGCCCGUGUCAACAUGCAAGCAAUCGGUCCACCUAAUCUUAUAGACUUCCUCCUUGAUAACCCCUCUAAUACUCUGUCCAUGGACCUCAAGGAGUUUCUGCAGCCCAUCAAGGAGAGCCGUCGCACAUCUGAAUUUCUCGCUACCUAUUGGGUGCUGUAUCUUUUCCUUAGAUGGUACAUUAUACGCGACGAGGAGUCAUACCAAUUGCUUCCCCCAUGGCUUCGCCCGACAUAUCUCCAACUUUCUGUAUCUCAUCCGGUAGCCGCGAGCUGCAUCGCUUGGCCAGGACUACGAGAUGAGUUUAUACGAGUGUCACAAACUGCCACGCAAAGUGUACACAGCUUAUCCUUCGAAAUCGGUCAGUAUUUGAGCGUGAAUAUUGAUACGAACGCCCUUGACCUUGGCGGUGGCGGGCCCAGGAUGUUGGCGUCUCAGAUUACCGACUUGAAGAAUUGGACUCUGGAUGAGGAGUUUUUCAAACGCCACCCACAUUUGCGGGCGGCGGUCUGA